CCGUCUGGCGGCAGCCAUCAGGUAGGCUUCAUUAGGGAUCUGCUCUUCCAUCCGCUUUUGAUCGUGUUCCUCUUCAGCCAUCCAGGCUUGGGGACCCUGCGUCCUUGGAAAUAGGUCUCCCUCCUGUCCGGCAAGAGUUGGUAAGCCAAGAUGGGUGCAUACAAGUACAUCCAGGAGCUAUGGAGAAAGAAGCAGUCUGAUGUCAUGCGCUUCCUUCUGAGGGUCCGCUGCUGGCAAUACCGCCAGCUCUCUGCUCUCCACAGGGCUCCCCGCCCCACCCGGCCUGAUAAAGCGCGCCGACUGGGCUACAAGGCCAAGCAAGGUUACGUUAUAUAUAGGAUUCGUGUUCGCCGUGGUGGCCGAAAACGCCCAGUUCCUAAGGGUGCAACUUACGGCAAGCCUGUCCAUCAUGGUGUUAACCAGCUGAAGUUUGCUCGAAGCCUUCAGUCUGUUGCAGAGGAGCGAGCUGGACGCCACUGUGGGGCUCUAAGAGUCCUGAAUUCUUACUGGGUUGGCGAAGAUUCCACAUACAAAUUUUUUGAGGUUAUUCUCAUUGAUCCAUUCCAUAAAGCUAUCAGAAGAAAUCCUGACACCCAGUGGAUCACCAAACCAGUCCACAAACACAGGGAGAUGCGUGGGCUGACAUCUGCAGGCCGAAAGAGCCGUGGCCUUGGAAAGGGCCAUAAGUUCCACCACACUAUUGGUGGUUCUCGCCGGGCAGCCUGGAGAAGGCGCAAUACUCUCCAGCUCCACCGUUACCGCUAAUAUAAGUAAAGUUUGUAAAAUUCAUACCUAAUAAACAAUUUAGGACAGUCAUGUCUGCUUACAGGUGUUCUUUGUCUGUUAAAAUUAGUCUGCUGAUUGUUUCAUGAAUGCUUUGUCAAAUUAAAGUUAAAGUGCAAUAAUGUUUGAAGACAAUACGUGAUAUGGUGUAUGUUGUUUCUAAUAAGAUAAACAUUUUUGUCUUUGCUUUAUCUUAUUAGGGAGUUACAUGUCAGUGUAUAAAACAUACUGUGUGGUAUAAUAGGUUUAAAAUAAACUCUUUAAAAGAAGAGUACUGAAA